AGUUGUAGCAUCAACAGCAACAGCAGCAGCAGCACCACCAACAUUAAGUCCAGUGCGAAUUAAAUCUCAAAUAUGUAGCAGUGUUACUGUUGUGCGCUGUUUUUUUUUUACUUCUCCAUUUCGUCUUCUCUCAUAACAACAGUGAAACACACAUUUUUUUGAUUUUCAAUUUGCGCGUAAGAACUAGAAUAACAACAAUGUAUAACAACAAAUCGAUUUAAAUUAAUAUAAAUAAAGUGAAAAAAAAUGAAUUGUAACAUUCCGUGUGUGAAUAUAUUAUUAGUUAUUAUUUAAGUUGAUUCUAAGUGUUGUCCGGAAAUUAUUGGCUUUUGGAUUAACUGUAUCGAACAACAACUUAUGGAACACAACAAUAAUAACAAUAAAAACCACGAUUUUCGCAUGGAUAAAGUAACCAUGGAUUUUCUUAACGAUUCUGUAUUUGCUCUAUUCGGUCGCGCUGAUUUUGUGGGUGGAAUAGAUAAUGAGACAAUUGAUUUUGAACAAUUGGAAUCGUUUGUACAUUUGCCAGCAAUCAAUACGUCUAGUAACAAUGGUAACACAUCAGCGAUUACACUGGCGAUUACUGCCAUUACAACAACACCAGCACACACAAUUACAACGGCGUCGUCCAGUGUUGUCGCAGCAAGUGCACCGACACAUGGAACAUUGCCAGAAAGUCCGCCAGAUUCGGGCAGUGAACCGCCGUACAGUCCAACUGAUUUGCAUGCAAUUAGUAAUUUGAAUCAAAUUACAUAUCAUCAACAUCAUUAUCCAAACGGUUCUCAAUCCGCGAAUCCACAUCAAAUCGAUCAAACCAUGCACGGUGUGAACGAUACAAACAAUGUGGAUUGUCACAAUGGUGCCACUGUAAAUGGUAAUACAAAUCAAAUAUCUUCAAUGCACAAAACCGGCGACAUGCUUUUAUCAUCCACUGCAUUGCCUUUAUCCAAUUCAGUUACAAAUAUGAUGCUGCCCAACAAUGACAUGAUGAUGCAUCAAAACACACAGUCUUUACUUGGUCUAGGAGUUCAUCAUUCAAUUAAUAUGGGACGUAAUAAUGUUUAUCGAAAUGAUGGCAAUAAUUUGCUAGCAUUAAAUACUGAAGAUGAUUUUAAUUGUUUGAUGAACGACCCAAUGUUUCAAAUGGCUACAAAUGGCUUGAACUGUCACCAGACCCAAAAUAAUCAUCAGCAACAGCAAACCAUUACAUCGCAUCCAAAUGUUAAUUCAUACAAUCAACAUAUUUUAUCUCAAAUGCCGACAGUAGUGGUACCCACAUCUCAUUCAGCCGAACUACCACAUUUAUUAAACACACGCAAACGAACUCAAUGUAUGAGCACCAUGGCACAACAACAACAACAGAAUGAUUAUAAUGCACAAAGUAUUUUAGAAAAUAGCAAUGAACAGCAAUCGGUCGGAAAUGUUAUACCGAUCAAACGACCAGCAUCUGUAAUAUUGCCGCCAAUAAAACCCGAACCCGAUGCGCUUAGUCCUGCGUGCGUUUCCACAUUAAUUGAACCAGCCACACCACCUUCCAAAUCAUCGGUUGAUGCAUGCAGUAAUGUUAGCAGUUGUAGCACAAGCAUAACAUCACCGGCUUCAACGACAAUUAUGAUGCCAAGCAUUGUUGAUUCAAAUUCAUCACCAAACUUGCAACAACAAUCACAAGGUAAUGGUAAUGGCCUUGAUAAUGGUUCUACUGACUCAUUUCCAAUGCAAUGCAUCCGUUUCUCACCGUUUCAACAACAAAAUUGGCAUGUUUUGUGCGAUCAAAGUUUGCAAGAAUUACCUUUGCCACAUUAUCGUGUCGAUGCGGAUAAAGGAUUUAAUUUCUCAAGUUCGGACGAUGCAUUUGUAUGCCAAAAGAAGAAUCACUUUCAGAUAACGUGUCACGCUCAGGCACAAGGUGCACCAGCCAUAUUUGUGCGAACGGAAAGUGGCCUUGAAAAAAUCAAAUCAUUUCAUUUACAUUUCUAUGGUGUUAAAUUGGAAACACCAACACAAACAAUUCGCAUCGAACAAAGUCAAUCAGAUCGUUCAAAGAAACCAUUUCAUCCAGUGCCUAUCGAUUUACAGAGUCGACAAGUGAGUAAAAUAACUGUGGGCCGUUUGCACUUCUCCGAAACAACAAAUAAUAAUAUGCGUAAAAAAGGUCGUCCAAAUCCAGAGCAACGAUAUUUUCAGCUGGUUGUCGGUCUUCAUGCGCACACACAUUCUGGUAACUUUCCGGUGGUAAGCCAGGGAAGCGAAAAAAUUAUCGUUCGCGCCUCGAAUCCUGGUCAGUUUGAAAGUGAUGUCGAAUUGUGUUGGCAACGUGGUGUUACUCAGGAUUCAAUAUUUACACAUGCCAAUCGUGUUGGUAUAAACACAGAUCGUCCGGACGAAAGUCUUGUUGUGCAUGGCAAUCUAAAAGUGUCGGGACACAUUGUUCAUCCGUCAGAUAGUCGAGCAAAACAUGAAAUCAAUGAAUUGGAUACAUCACAGCAAUUACAAAAUGUGAAACGAAUCCGAGUAGUUCGGUAUCGAUACGAUCCCGAUUUUGCCGCUCACCAUGGCUUAAUCAAUCAACCACCACCACCACCACCAAUUCACUCACCAACAAAACUCAUUAAGACAAACGAACGUGUUAAUUCAUCAACAGCGGUAACACCAACACCACAGACGAAUGUGAUUGAAGUCAUUGAUACGGGUGUGAUUGCGCAAGAAAUUCGCGAAGUUUUACCCGAUGCCGUUCAAGAAGCUGGCUCCGUUUUAUUGCCCAACGGUGAAGUUAUCGAUAAUUUUCUGGUGGUGAACAAAGAUCGAAUCUAUAUGGAAAAUAUCGGUGCGGUAAAAGAACUGUGCAAAGUGACCGGAUCAUUGGAAACACGAAUUGAACAGCUUGAACGUAUGAAUGUUCAUGUACGAAAAAUUGAUCAACACAAAUCAGAUUGCUCUCAUUCAAAAUGUAAGUUCGGCCAGUAUGAUGACGAAGCAACAGAGCCCUGUUCAAAUAAAAUGAUCCAAAUAACAAUCGUUGUCUUAGUUAUUAUCAUGGCCAUUUGUUUAGCAGCGAUAUCCACAUUAUAUUUCGUGGAGCAUAGUAAACAAAACGAGAGGCUACGUCAAUUUGAUCACAACAUAGAGAAGUUAAGUAUUAAUGAUACUAGUUACUUUGUGAAUGGCCUGGCAGGCGGAGGUGGAAGUUUCGAGAAAAGUAAUCUUAUUAAUAAUCAUGGACACAUUACGAAAAAGAAUUUCACAAAGUACAGUAAUACUCAAAAUGCCAGCAAUACUCAACUACAGCCAGAUCUGGUGACAGUUGAGUUAGCACCGCCAAAUGCUGGUUCACAUUUGGCCAGUCAACUGAAUGACAGCAUGGCCAUCGACGUGGAUAUUCAAUCGAAAACAACAACACCAUUACAAAUAACACCAGAAGAAGUUGAAAUGAAUCUUCCCAGUGCAAAACAGUCGAAAUUGUUACUCAAUAAAUAUGACAAUAUUGUAACAACCGAAAAAGUGCAAACGAAAUUGGAUAAAAUUGUGGAAAAUGAACAUGUGCACGAAGCAAGCAAUACAAUAAUUACCGAUGAAUCUGAUGUCAAUAAUAAUAUCAUUGAUGUUGGACAACAGACCCAUAACACCAGUAAGCCAGAUAAUAAAAAUGUCGCAAAAGGUCGAAGCAACGAUGUUGAAAAUCGUACCAUUCUCAAUUCAACAGAGUAUUUAAUUGAGUCGGAAUAUCAUCGUGAACGAAAUUUACGUCAUCCAAUUGGUCAGCCAUCGCAUUGUGAUCAAACAUUGAAAUUGAAUCGAACUGCAUCAGAAUCAUCGCAAACGCUGUGCCCAUCAUUCUGUGCUGUGGUGGACAACGGUCUCGAUAUUAGAAAAGGAAAUCAUGUGUCGGACAAUGUAGAAACUUCCGAUAUUUUAUUGAUUCCAAAAGUCGAAAAUACCGAGACAAGCACCACAUUGAAAUUGCAAAAGACCACCACCAAAUUGAUUCCAAUCGAUCGAAAGAUUGAAUCAAUCGAACCAUCGACUAUGUCAAGUGGAAAUGUCAAUCAGACAUUUAUUGAACAAACAACGGUUAAAGAUAAGAUCGAUUCAAGUUCACAAGAUCCAACAAAUAAUGAUAGCAAAAAUAAGGCCAGCCAAACUGCAAUUCAAGAUGGUGAAGAACCGAUUGAAGUACGUGAUACAGCGAUAACAACCGUAAAUACACCGGUGCAAACAAAUAUCUCGGAGAAAAUUGAAUCAAAUGAACGAGCUGAUGCUGAUGUACCGAAAAAACAAAAUAAAUCAAAAGAUUUACUUGACACCAAUGUACAACCGGAAAUUGAACCGUUAGCGGACUCAUCAAAACCAUCUGAUAAUGAUAUAAAACCGUCACCCAGCAAAAAAUUUGAAAAUAAAUUCGAAAAAGUUCAAUUACCCGAAGGUGCUGUCGAAUUGACAAAAUCAACGAAUGGAAAUCUUAUGGAACCAUAUCCAACUUCGUCACAAACAACAGCAUCGACGAUCGUCUAUGGUACCAAUCCCAUUGAUGCAACCAAUUCAGAAUGUCUUCUCAUUUCUUUACGAAUUCGCAGCGAAUCAUUUAACAUAACAUUUGAACCGGACGAGAUUUGUCGCAAUUUUAACAUCACUUAUAACAUUCCGCUCUCAAAAUAUAUGAAAGAAAAUCGAUUUGAGCUUAUUUUUAUAACCCAAAAUCAAAUCCAAUGGACAAUGUGCUCGGUGAAAGAAGGCACCGGCAAAGAGAGUCAUUUUCACUCAGACAGUCAUAAUAUCACCGAUGACACAAAGGGCAUUACAUUUCAUGCAAGCUUUCCGGUCGAUAUACCGACAUUAGGUGAUUUCGAAAGACAAAUGGAAUUUCAAGGCCAUCUACAACCAUCAGAUUCGAUCCCAUGUCGAUCACCACUCAAUGGAAAUCCCAUGCAAACCGUUUUAUAUAAAAUCAAUAUUUAUCGAGAUUGUACACAGCAAUAAACGAAUGUGCUAUUCCAAUUUUAGAAUUAA